AUGGCACGCACCAACAAUGCUAACAUGGCUCCUAGCCAUAGAGACCGCUCUUGGAGCCCCAAGGCCACCAACAUCAACUACUUCAUUCAAGACCCAAUACCCUCCCGCUACGGAAGCGAGAAUUCUCAAUCUCGCAACUCACGGCAGCGCGAAGGCCAUCAGGUGCAAGAUCCAAAGGCCCGACCUACGCUCGGACACCAACCAUUGCACAAUCUGGUCGACAACCUUUUGGACGACGGCGAUUCACUUAUUGAUGAGCUACUCGGCCUUCUCGGCCACCAGGACGAAGAUAACGAGGCAACAUCUUCCCCAGACCCUGAAAUCAAACCAACCACGAGACAUACCGUGCCUGUGACUCGUCCUGCAACCAAAACAACGGAACCCCCAAAGCCGGAACCAUCUAAGGAGACGGAAGCUCCCAAACCUACGGCAACGGCCAAACCCACCAGUAGUUCUGAGAACUCAGAGGCACCACCUGACUGUUCUGAGUCAAACAGUAUACCACAGACGAGUCAUCCGGAGCCUACAAAACCCGCUACAACUCCAAGCCACCCCAAUCAGUCUGAAGGAGGUCCAACUGCUGCCAUGGCUAAUCAAGAUGUGUUCCUCCCGGUGGCAACUGGGCCCAUUCCGCAAACCGUCACCUCGAGGGAUGACCAUCCAGUCCCGAAGAAAAAUGUCCUUUCGGAUAAACCCAUUGAGACCAACAAAUUCUAUGCUGGACUCUUUUUGGGAACUCAAACGAACGCUUCGUUUACUUUCCCUUAUAGCAUUGCCUGGUCCAAAGGAACGGGCGAUCUGCAAAGCUGGGGCAUGGGAAUAUCGCACGUCGAGGCGGACAAAAUUGCAUUCGGACCCAUUAACGACAAUAUCCCCGGCGACCCGGUGCAGUAUUAUGUCAACCCUAUUGGAAUUCAGUCCAUUAUUCUGUCGGCGCAGGAGUUAGGCAAGCAAACGGUGCUCAACGUCGAAAACCCGUUGCCAUUUUCCGCCAAUGCCGUCCUGCAGCCUCAGGAAGGGUCGAGGGAAAGGAUCACCAUUCCUGUUUUGCAAGGUAUGGGAUUUGUGACGGGCAUAUAUUCCGGUCUUCAGCCCAACGUUGAGAGUGCGGUCGGAUAUAAGAAGGUUGUCACCGCCGGUUCCCCACGACCUGGAGUCUUCAAAUACACUGCGUCUCUUCUUGACGGAACCACCUGGCUUAUCUACUACACUCCCACUGAUGGGCAGGAUCCAGAACCUCGCCUCGAGUCGGCGCAUCUCUUGCGUGGUCCCCUUGGAUGGUCUGGCACUAUCCAGGUGGCCAAGAAUCCGGCUGGGGUCUCUGGAGAGAAAAUGUAUGACAACUCCUCGGGUGUGUAUGCCGUACAGGGCGCCGUGUCCGGUGCGGUGUCGGGGCGCACUGGAACCUACCAAAUUCAGUGGGCAAAGGAUGGAAAGGACGCUGAGAGUACACCCCUGAUGAUGUUCGCUCUGCCUCAUCAUUUGGAGUCUUUUGACACGGCGACCCAGGGACGUGCAACCAAUAUCACACUUCGCACUACGACCAAGGGGACUGCAGCAGCCGUCAUUGGAGAAACGUGGACCCUCGUCGAACCAGAUCUUCCGAUCGACAUGGGUUUUGCGCCCUGGUCUGUUUCUGGAGGGAGUAUCACACAGCUUUCUGCUAGAGCCCAGAAGGUCCUCACUGAUGUGGCCCCAACUGAGCUUCAGCAGGAUGUCGACCAGCAAACUGACCUGAACAGCAUGUACUACAGCGGCAAAGCGUUCAGCAAAAUCGCGACGCUUGUUUACACGGUCGAUAAGCUGGGCGGCAACCCGCAGAUGGCAGCCUCAACUUUCAGCGCCCUGAAGACAGCUUUUGCCAAGUUUGUCAGCAACAAACAACAGUUCCCGCUGGUGUAUGACAAUGUGUGGAAGGGCGUGGUCUCGUCCGCUAGCUACAAUGGAGGUGAUUCCGGUGCUGAUUUCGGAAACACCCUGUACAACGACCACCAUUUCCACUAUGGGUAUUUCAUUCAUGCCGCGGCCAUCAUCGGCUCUCUCGAUCCCAGCUGGCUUCCGGAAAACAAGGACUGGGUGAACAUGUUGAUACGUGACGCCGGUAACUCCGUCUCGGACGACCCUCUGUUUCCAUUCUCGCGAGGAUUCGACUGGUACCACGGUCACUCAUGGGCUAAAGGCUUGUUCGAGUCGUAUGAUGGCAAGGAUGAGGAGUCCACCUCGGAAGAUGCGAUGUUCGCCUAUGCUUUGAAGAUGUGGGGAAAGACGAUUGGCGAUGCCAGUUUGGAAGCCAGAGGGAACUUGAUGUUGGGCAUUCUCCGCCGCUCCCUGCACAACUAUUUCCUGAUGGAGAAGGACAACAAGAACCAUCCGGCGAAGUUUGUCCCCAACAAGGUCACGGGCAUUCUCUUUGAGAACAAGGUCGACCACACGACCUACUUCGGAGCCAAUCUGGAAUACGUCCACGGGAUUCAUAUGCUCCCCCUCCUGCCGUCGUCUGCUUACGUGCGGAACAAAAACUUCGUCCAGGAGGAGUGGGAGGCUAUGUUCGCACCCCAGGCUGCGGAUCCCGCCGAGAAGGUACAAGGAGGCUGGAAGGGCGUACUCUAUGCGAACCUGGCCAUCAUUAACCCUGAGGCGUCGUGGGAGUUUUUCGCCCAAUCGGGUUUCAACUACUCGUGGAUUGACCAAGGCGCUACUCGAACGUGGUAUCUUGCGUACGCUGCAGGCCUUGGUGGAGCUCCGUCGUAA